AUGAGUUAUCUACCUCCAGCACCAAAAGAUUUAAAUGCUAGUGUAUGCAAAGAAAUGGUUAAGAAUGGAGCCCCAGAUUACAUCUAUGCAAAAUACUUCCAUGAUGUCGCAAUAGCCGCAAUGAAAUCAGAUUUUGAUUUAUUUCAUACACCACCCGAAAUGAAAAUGACAAGAGCUCAUAAACUGGCUGCAAGACUAGUAUAUGAAUUCUUAAAGAGAACAAAUUUAUCGCUUACAUUAGAAUCUGCUGAAACUGAAGCAGAAAAUGAAAUUUUCUCAGCAAAUAAUAAAAUUUCCAAAGGAUGUCUUCAGAUAUCAAAAGUACGCCCUCCAAUUCAAAAACUUAUCAGGCAAAGAUAUGUUGAUCUAGGAAAUGGCGAAGAAGAUGUUUCAGAAGGCUGGUUCGAAAUUGAUUCCGAAGUUUUACAUACUAUUUCUCAGUCUGAAGAUGAAGAUCCAACUUAUGUUUUACCAGAGAAUCUCGAAGAAGGACAGGAAGAUGACCACAGGUCAUAUAAGCAUGUAAAAGAAAGGCAAAUCAAAUUACACAACGAAUUUUCAGAAACUGUAUCAGCAUCAAUAGAUAAUUAUGAACUCCCUAAGAAAUCAACACAUUCGCAAUACAAAGCAUCUGCAAUGGCCCAAAAUAACAAGGAUGAUAGUGCUUCUGAUAUAUUUGUUCAAAACACGAAUUCAUCCACUAAAAAGUCUCGCCACAAGAGUUCUACUGCAAAUAGUGAGAUUAAUACUGGUUCAUCACGUGCAUCUACAUCGAAGUCAAAGCGCAGCACCCAUAAGAAGUGA